AUGCCGUGCAACCAUAGACCUGGACCAGAUGAUGGUGAAGAUUUCGAAGCUGAAAUCAAUGCAGUCACGUCAGACAAGUCCAAUAGCUCUGACGGAUCAGACAGUGACCAAUCUGGGAGUGACCUCGACCAGUUGAGGUUGGUCUUGGCAGUCCCAGGUGCCAAUGCCCAAAUGCAUGAAGUUCGAAAGGCUCUCGCAAUAGCCCAGCAAGCCUACAAUACAACACGAUCCAAAUUACACGUCCUCAAGAGACAAUACCUUACACUAUCUGCUGUGAUUCCUGCUCGUAGCCGCAACCGCGUGUUCAAGAAAACGUCUCCGCUAGACUCCGGUAUCAGCCAUCAAGGUCAGCGAUACACGUUGUACUGUCACUUCUGGGUCGCAAACGGCCUGUUCCCGACAAUGCCUCAACCUGGUAUUGAUUCACGCAGUGCUACUCACUGGACUUCUCCCGAGGAAAAACUCAAAGGCGCAAUGGCUGAACUUUACUCGUUCAUACCCAAAGACCUGCACCAAUCAAUGGAGACCUACUCUCGGUUUUCAUCCUUACUCCGAGAGCUCGAUCCCAGUCUUUUUGCUGACAAACCGUCAAAGAAGGAACACAACAAAGACCUCCUUGGCUUACUGAAGAAGAAUGGUGAGGGCAACUUCAUCCGUCUGGCGCCUGUAUUAUUUGCAAAGCCCAAUGCCAUGGCAGCUGACGAGUUUCUUAAGUCUAUGGUCCUCAUCAAAAUUGUCCGCAUUGAAGUCUUUGGGAAUGCAAUACUUGGUGGAAAGACCCGGGGGCAUCCAAAAGGCAGAGGUCUGCGCAUGGGCGCACAGAGUGUCUCAGAGGGUAUGAUUGCAGGCGCAGCUAUCUUGGCACGUUUCUUAUUGACUCAUGACGCCAAACUUACUGCAAUUGGGGCCGAGACCAAAAUCGACUACCAGAAAGACUUCGAUUUCUACUUGGAACGCCUACUCAAAGGCACACCAUGGGCGAUUAGUGUGAUGGAGUAUUUCAACAAAGAAGUCUUCAAUACUACUGCAGCACCUAGUGCGCCUACAUCUACUGUGGUGCCUGCCGCUGCGCCUUGCACUUGGGAGGAUGAUUUCUUACAGGAACUCGACAACAUUGACUCUGUCCCCCACAAUGCUUCGCCAUCUCAUUCUAGCGCACGUGCACCCUCUCCUGCCCUUUCCACCCUUUCCACUGUCUCCACUUCGACACCUGCAAUCCCUGCUGUCGUCCAUGAUGACCAUCCCACCUCAACCACCAUGAACUUCACUUCAUCAACUCAGAUGUCUGUUAGUCAGAUGUGCGUUACGUCUGCUUCGACGCAGCUGCAUUUCGGCAUAAAUCAAUUAUCACUUAAUACCAACGACAACAUUGCCGAUUCUGUCGCCGCAGCACCUGCACCACUGACAACGGGUUCCCAAGUACCUGCUCGUCGUAAGGGCCGUGUUACAGCACAGGCAGCCGCCCAAGACACGCCUACAGAAGCUCCAAAGACUAAGUGCGUCAGUGGUUGCAGCAAGAAGGCAACUACAAAGUAUACAAAGUGA